AUGAGUUCUUCUACUUUUUCUUCACAAGAUAAUGACGCGUCAAAAAGUAACGACAAACCCAGCACUAAAAACAACAAUCUUGUAGUGGUCUUGACAGGACCGACUGCCGUGGGCAAGAGUGAUGUGGCGGCUCGAAUUUGUGCCAAUCAUCGGGGACUGAUUGUUUCGGCCGAUUCCGUCCAAGCCUACCAAGGCGUACAGAUUGGGGCCAACAAACCAACCCCGGAAGAGCAACGAGAAACGCCCCAUAUGCUGGUAGAUGUCGUCGAUCAGGAUACCAACUACAACGCCGCCGAAUGGCAACGAGAUGCCCUCCGUGUCAUUGCCAAAUUGUUGUCGCAAACUACCAGUGAGAAUGAUGAUGAUGAGAAUGAUGAAACACUCGACAAAGCUACCCAACAACGCCAAGAAAUGAUCAAUCAAACCAUUUUAGAUGCCAAACGCCUCAAGGGAUAUCCAGACGCAGAACCCGUCCUUCCCGUUGUGGUGGGAGGCACCAUGAUGUACUUGCAAUGGUUGGUACAUGGGCGACCGGAUGCCAGCAAACCAAGUCCUCAGGCGGUACAAAAAGCCCAUGAGGUCAUGGCCCCAUUUCAAGAACAAGAGGAUUGGGACGGCGCUGUACAACAUGUGCAAUCCCAUGGACCCAUUUUUGCGCAGCGCAUCACCACCCUCUGUGGUCGCGAUUGGUAUCGGUUACGGAGAACCUUGGAAAUUGCUUUGAUGGUACAAGAACAAGAGCAACAACAAACAUCUGACGACAACAACCAACAGCAACAACAAGACGACCUGAUUGAAAAACUCUUUACAGGUCAACGAGAGAAAAGUCUCGAAUCGUACGGGUACGACGUCCGCUGUUUCUUUCUCUGUCCCGACGAUCGCAUGGCGCAUACUGCACUGGUCGAUGAACGAUGCGAAGUCAUGAUCACGAAGGGACUCUUACGAGAAACCACCGAUCUCCAAUUGGCAGGACAAUUGCCUGACAUGGCCGCACGAGCCAUUGGAUAUCGACAAACCCUCGAAUAUCUGCAACGAGAAGGAGCCAAAGAUGAUGAUGAAGAUGCCUUUCAAGAAUACUUGAAUCAAUUCACCACAGCCACACGACGCUACUCCAAAAAACAAAUGCAAUGGUUUCGAAAAGAUGACAAGUUUGUAUUUGUUCCAAUUGUCAUGGAAAACGAAAAGGCCACGCGAGUGGAAGCGGCCGCCAAGGCGAUUCAGGAAAUGAUUCGUCUGCCCCGCAAUGAGUAUGAACGAGUGUGCUUUGCGGAGGACAGUGUUUCCGCCAAGACCAUGAAAGACAAUGAAGCCCAAGGAAAAGGGAUGAAAUUCUAUCAGUUCAAACGGUAUCACUUGAAACCGGGAACGGCAGAACUUGCCAAGGCAUUGGAAAAAGCAGAUGGUUGUACCCAACAAAUUCAGGCCAAAAGGAGAGAAAUGGUGAAUGUAGUGGAGGGAAUAAAAUGA